UGGUUGAAGGUGCCUAUUCAAAUUGAUCCUGGGAAAAAGAAACUGGAGCAAGUUAAAAGAAGCAGCCAAGAGACACUAUUAAACUCAAGUGAUCCAACCAAAACAUUGAAGAUAAUUGACAACAUUCAAAGGUUAGGAAUUGGCCACCAUUUUGAAGAAGAGAUCAAUGUAAAACUUGGAAAGGUAGCGGAUUGCGAUUUUUCUCAAGACCUCUGUUCCACUGCUCUUCAAUUUCGACUACUCAGACAUAAUGGCUGCCAUGCUUCUUCUGAUGUUUUCAAGAAAUUUUUGGACCACAGAGGGAACUUCAAGGAAUCAAUUACCACUGACAUUUGGGGAAUGUUAAGUAUGUAUGAGGCAUCAUAUUUGGGUGCAAAAGGGGAAGAAGUGUUGCAACAGGCCAUGGACUUCUCCAGUGCUCAUCUGCAGCAAUCACUUCCACUUCUAAGUCCUGAUGUAGGGAAUCAUGUUGUCAGAGCCUUAACACUUCCGAGACACCUAAGAAUGAGUAGUUUGGAAGCCAGAAACUACAUUGAAGAAUAUAGCCAAGUGAGCAGCAAGAUGCCAUAUCUUCUGGAAAUGGCAAAGAUAGACAAUGCCAUGGUUCAGUCAAUGCACCAAAAAGAAUUAGCAGAUAUCUCUAGGUGGUGGAAGGACUUGGGACUUGUUGAAAGGCUUGGUUUUGCGAGAGAUAAACCAGCAGAGUGCUUUCUAUGGACAGUGGGGGUGUUUCCAGAACCAUGUUAUUCAAAUUGUCGCAUUGAACUUGCAAAAACCAUUUGUAUUUUGCUAGUUAUGGAUGAUAUUUUCGACACUUACGGCACAUUAGACGAACUCGUUCUUUUUACCGAGGCAAUCAAAAGGUGGGAUCUUGAUGCGAUGGAACAGUUGCCUGAAUACAUGAAGAUUAGCUAUUUGGCAUUGUAUAACACCAUCCAAGAAAUUGCAUGUAGAAUUCAAAUGGAGCACGGACAAACCGUUCUUUCUUGCUUGAAAAGAACUUGGAUAGACAUAUUUGAAGCUUUUCUGAAAGAAGCCAAAUGGUUCAGCAACAAAUAUGUGCCAACUUUUGAGGAAUAUUUGGCUAAUGGGGUGAUUUCUUCAGGAUCAUACAUGGCAUUGGUGCAUGCAACUUUUCUUAUUGGGGAUGGUAUCUCAAAGGAAACCAUUUCCAUGAUGAACCCAUAUCCAAGACUUUUCUCAUGUUCAGGGGAAAUUCUUAGGCUUUGGGAUGACUUAGGAACUUCAAGGGAGGAGCAAGAAAGAGGAGAUAAUGCUUGCAGCUUACAGUGUUUGAUGACAGAAAAUAAUAUUUCUGAUGAAAUUGUUGCAAGAAAACAAAUAAGAGGAUUUAUCAGGAACUUAUGGCCAGAGUUAAAUAGUCUUGCUUUGACCACAGCCUCUUUGCCUUUCUCAGUUAUAAAGGCUUCUCUUAACAUGGCUAGAACUUCUCAGGUAAUUUAUCAGAAUGGAGACGAUCAAAACACAUUCACAGUUGAUGAUUAUGUCCAAACACUACUCUUUACACCAGCUCUCGAAUAUUGAGAUGAAAUUCAUGUAUCAGUUAUCGAUUAUGUGUCACAGGAUUAGAAGCUAAGUUUGUAUCAGCUGUUUGUACCAUUAUUUUGGCUUUAAUUUCCCUUUUGUUCAUUCAAUCAAAACAAGUUAAAUUGAA